AACAUCGGAACCACAAUUUUGUUAAGCAAGGCAUAGUAGUUUUCUAUUUGCAUGGAGAUGUUGAAGCAGAAAAAGAAAACAACAGGGAGGAAGAGGAUUGAGAUCAAGAAGCUUGAGAAAGAAGCAAACAAGCAAGUCACCUUCUCAAAGCGGCGAGCCGGGAUGUUCAAGAAAGCCAGUGAGCUAUGCAUAUUAUGCAAUGCUCAUGUUGGCAUUAUAGUGUUCUCGCCGGCCGACAAGUUGUUCUGCUUCGGAGAACCCAGCACGGAGGCCGUGGUGGAGCGGUACCUGAAAGGAUCGCCAGAUUUUGAGCCAAUAAAGUCCUCCCAAAGGAAGAAGCCGGUGUCAUGCGAAGAGCAUAACAGAAAAUACGAAGAGGCGAUGAAGGCGUUGGAGUUGGAAAAGAAGAACAAGGCUGAUGUUGAAGGUUUUGCUAAGGUUUGGGGGAGAGGAGAAUGGUGGAAUGAAGAGAUUCAUGAGAUGAGUGUUGAGCAGUUGGAGCAGUUUUUGGUAGCCAUUUAUGAAUUGAGGAGUAGGCUUCUUCAAAGGGCUGCUGAAAUCAUGAUGAUGCAUGGAAUGUUAUAGAAUAAUUCAUCAACCCUGUUUUGAUUUUCAUCAUGAAGUUUUAUCUUAUUACUGCUUGCACAAAUUUAAUUCAGUGUUCUUUUUUUGUGUUUAAUGUUUCAAUUUGGUUCAAAUGUUAUGUUUACUUAUUAGCAAGGAU